AUGCAAGGCGGAGCUACCUACAGCAUUUGGCGGGUUCUGUUUGUGAUGAGUUUUAUGUGCGCCUGGUAUUAUUGUAUGGGUGAUCAAGGAACGGCUACAUUUUACAAUCACUAUGUCCCAUCGGCAUGCUAUGGAAACGAUACCUCGAAAUUUCUACCGGGAAAUAUGAUAGCGGCGGCAAGCGAUCCACUGUGGGGCAACGGAGGUGCUUGUGGACGACAGUACAGAGUGUCUUGCGCCGGCCCUGCAAAUGGCGUUCCGAUGCCAUGCAAAGGUGGAUCGGUUGUGGUGAGGAUUGUUGAUCAUUGCCCCGGAUGUGGUGGCACUCUCGACUUAUCUCAAGAGGCUUUCGCUGCUAUCGCCAAUCCUGUAGCUGGCAUUAUCAAAAUCAACUAUCAACAGUAA